UCCCAGCGGCGGAGAGCUGACCGAUCCCUCCAGCCCCCGCGCUCGCGCGCUCCUGCCGGACGAGGGUCGCGGUGCGCCUGCGCCCGGGCAGGGGUUGCCUUGGCGACUCGGCCCUUCUUCGUUUUCCCUCUCUCACCCCCGUGCGGCUCCCUGGUCCGCGCCUGCGCAGAGGACUCGGCACGAAGGUGGCCGAACUGUGGGGAGGGGCCGGAGUGGGCGCGUGGAAGACCCAAGAUUAUCUAAAGCCACAGGGAAAAUGGUGGAAAGUUCACCGUCGCCAUUGCCAGAAAGAGCGAUUUAUGGCUUUGUCCUUUUCUUAAGCUCCCAAUUUGGCUUCAUACUAUAUCUUGUGUGGGCUUUUAUUCCUGAAUCUUGGCUAAACUCCUUAGGCUUAACCUAUUGGCCUCAAAAAUACUGGGCAGUUGCACUGCCUGUGUACCUCCUCAUUACUGUUGUGAUUGGUUACGUGCUCUUAUUCGGGAUAAACAUGAUGAGUACCUCUCCACUCAACUCCAUUCAUACAAUCACAGAUAACUAUGCCAAAAACCAACAGCCGAAGAAAUACCAAGAAGAGGCCAUCCCAGCAUUAAGAGAUAUUCCCAUUAGUGAAGUAAACCAAAUGUUUUUUCUUGCAGCCAAAGAACUUUACACCAAAAACUGAAUUGUACAUAGACUAAUACCAAACAUUUAUUACAAAUUUUUGAUGGAAGAAUUUCGACCAUAGUAAUUUUGACUGUCUUUCUGAUUAAUAUCCAGUAUUGAAAUGUUAAAAAAAAAA